UUAAGUUCUGCGCUCUUCCUAUAAUGAAGUAUCUCCAAGUGACAAGCCUUUAAUUUUAAUAUCUCUGUCGGAUGUACGAUUUUAAUGAUUUUCUUCCCCCCCGGGAAAGUGCAACGCAAUAUUGGGAGCGGAUAAACGGGUAAAAUGGCAGUUGGGAGCUUCCUUUGAAGUGUUUCCCUUUUUGUGGCUGGAUUGAUCGUGUAAUCACAGGGGUGCUGUGUUGUUUGAAAAGCCUAAUGUUUUCACCGGGUCAAGAGGAGCACUUAGCGCCCAGCAAAGAGCCUGUAAAGUACGGCGAACUAGUGGUUCUGGGGUACAAUGGAUUACUCCCCAAUGGAGACAGAGGGCGGCGGAAAAGCCGGUUUGCUCUUUACAAGAGAGUCAAAGCCAAUGGUGUCAAACCUAGCGCUGUACACAUCCUUAACACACCACAAGCCAGCAAGGCAGUGAACUGUAAAGGCCAGCACAGCAUCUCCUACACAUUGUCCAGAAACCAGACGGUGGUGGUGGAGUACAGCCAUGACAAAGACACGGACAUGUUUCAGAUUGGACGAUCGACAGAGGGCCCCAUUGACUUUGUGGUGACAGACACAGUGUCAGGGGGUGGGGAGAGUGAGGAAACUCCCAUCACUCAAAGCACCAUCUCCCGCUUCGCCUGCCGCGUGGUGUGUGAACGGAACCCACCCUACACAGCACGCAUCUACGCCGCAGGCUUCGAUUCUUCCAAAAAUAUAUUCCUCGGAGAGAAGGCAGCCAAAUGGAAGAAUCCAGAUGGUCACAUGGAUGGGCUGACAACCAAUGGUGUGCUAGUCAUGCACCCGCGGGGUGGGUUCACAGAGGAAUCCAAGCCUGGUGUGUGGAGGGAGAUAUCGGUGUGUGGAGAUGUUUACACGCUGAGAGAAACACGGUCCGCUCAGACUCGAGGCAAACUGGUGGAGGGUGAAAGCAACGUACUGCAGGAUGGGUCUCUGGUUGACCUGUGUGGAGCCACGCUGCUCUGGCGUACUGCUGACGGGCUGUUCCACACCCCCACUCAGAAGCACCUGGAGGCCUUGCGGCAAGAGUUGAAUGCAGCCCGACCUCAAUGUCCUGUGGGCCUCAACACCCUGGCUUUCCCCAGCAUGCAGCGCUGCAGCCGUGCCCUGACCAGCAUCCCCUCCCAGGAGGACAAGCAGCCCUGGGUCUACCUGGCCUGUGGCCAUGUUCAUGGCUACCACGACUGGGGCCACCGCUCUGAACGAGACUCCAAUGCUCAGAGAGAGUGUCCCAUGUGUAGAGCUAUAGGCCCCUAUGUACCACUCUGGCUCGGGUGUGAACCAGCCUUUUAUGUGGAUACGGGUGCACCAACAUAUGCCUUCGUACCCUGUGGCCACGUGUGCUCUGAAAAGUCAACCCGCUAUUGGGCAGAAAUUCCUUUACCGCACGGUACUCAUGCUUUCCAUGCCGCGUGCCCGUUCUGUGCAACCCAACUCAAUCUGACACAAAAGUGGGCCAAAUUGAUCUUCCAAGGGCCUAUAGACUGAGUGUGUGGACGACAUCAAGCUGAAUGAUUGGACACUAGUAUACUGGACUUUGAAUUGUUAUAAUCCAAAGGAGGUUUGAAAGAGGUUGUUACUAAGAACAGACUCCUAAAUGCUUAUGCCCUUGAAAUGCUUAUGCUGGAGAGCAAGGUUUUGCUCAGAUGAUUUUCAAAGUUGCCUUACCGAUUGACAGGAGGCGUCUGUCAUGAUUUGCCAACAAAGAGUUGUUUUAUCUUCUAGUCCACAAGAUGUCAGUUCACACCAGCAUUACCACAACACUCAGGAGAUUUUCUGAUGCUUUUGUAAACGGGAUAGUUUAUGGCUGCUUCAUCCAACACUUGUUGAUCUACUUGUCAGUGUAGUUUUGUAGCAGCCCUGCUUUAACAUUUGUCCUUCCCAUAAUUUCCAAAGAACCUCAUUAUCUGAUUUUAGUGUUAAAAGAUCUUUAUGAAAAGGACUGAGCAUCUAAAUUUUAACAGGCAAACAUUUCAAUGUCUACUGUGUGGGAACUCUCAGAGAUCAGGAUCAGAUAUGCCAAAUUCCACAAGAAGCUUCUACAAAUAAGGAUCCAUUACUGGCUGGAGUAUUGAUUUGGGAAUGACAAUACUAAAAUGGUUGUUUCCAAAGAUUGAUUAAGGCAUGAAGAACUACCAACAUAAAUUCCACGAGUCUUUUUAAGAGCGUGUUCACGGUGGAUGCUUUAUUUUCCAUUUGAUUGUGCAUUAUGAAAUUAAUUCAUGAUUUUUAAUUUUAGCAUUCUAUGUUCACAACGGAGCCCCUUAGAAGACAGGGAUGGAAAGUCAUUUCUGAAGUUUUACAUUCCCUAAAAAUAGUUUUACUUUGUCUCUCAAAAAGGUUUGCGUUCCCUCGCAGUAACUUUAUCCAUCUCUUACAAAAAUGACCAUGAUUUUUCCACAGUUUAACUAUGGUAUUUGAAGAACCUAAAACCAUAACCACAAAAUGUACCUUGAUUUUACUACAAUAACUACAAUAUUUUAACCAUGAUAUUUGUAGAAAACCAUAGUAAUAAAACAUGGUUCCUAUAGUGUUACUAAAGUAACAAUGAUUUGUUUGUGGUAAAAGUACCACAGCUUUUAAAACCUUAGUUCCUACAAAAAAGAAAUGAUAUACCUUUUAUGAAAAUUAACCAUGGCUUCAAUACAGUAAAACUGGAUUAACCAUGACUGUAGUGACUUUUAUUGGGGGGGGGGGGGGGUUUGCAGGAAGCAUGAUUUAAAAAAAAAAAACAUAAAUGUACAACAAAUUAACCAUGGUGUUACUAUAGUUAAAACCGUACUAACCUGUACUUAUUUUAGCAGAAAGAUGCAUUAUAUUUUCAUUACCAUAGUUUUGGUUUUCCUAGGGUUUUACUACAGAUAUAAAGUAUGGUUACUGUAGUUAAACAAUGAAAUUAUUUCAUUAGAAAUUAGGGCUGGGCAAUUAUGUUUACAAUAUUUUUAUAAAACAAAUAUUGCAAUAGGUCAGCCCAGUGGCCAAGAGAUCUGUGAAUAUUCUUGCUUUAUUGAAUUUUGCAUUAAGUUCACUUAUUGAAACACGAAAAACCAAAGCUAUUUCUAAAUUUAAAAUCGCAAUUCAAACUAAAUGAAAAAUACAUUUAAAAUAACGAAGUGGACAAAGAAAUCCUAUAUAACCACCUUUCCGUUUGUCUAACAGGUGGAAAAUUACAUUAAUAUCUAUUGACAAUUAUAUAUGCAAACAAAAAUAAUACAUUAACAAUAAAAUAAAAAUAUAAAUACAUUUUAGGUUCAAGGUGAACUUGUUUAGGUUGUAUACAUACACAUGCUAUAAAGUUAACCUGCAGAGUUGCGUUCACUACGCAUGUUAAGCGUGAACUGCUCUGUGGAAAUAAAGCAAACUUGACUUUGAGCACCUCCUGAGAUGGUCGUAUGUCAUUUGCAGCAUUUUCAUAGAUGACCCUAUUCUUGCAAAUAGUUUUCAGACAACAGAAACCGAAAAGAGAGCAAGAACUCUUACAUGUGCAUGUUCCACGAGACACUCUCUGAACAAACAGUGCAUCAGACACGCAUAUCGACGGCUUCUCUUUCCUCUGGUCUUCAAAAUACAAUAGUGUGUUUCUUCAAGUGGGUGUGUCUUUGUGUCUAACCGCAUUUAUUAUCAUGUGUCUUUCCGAGAAGUCUUGCAAUUGGCCGGCUAUAGUGGUGGGUAAAUGACCAUAUAUCAUUAAUGUGCAUGAUAUAGGCUACCUGCAUUUGGUAGGUGUUACUCAUUUUAUUACCAUUUCAUACCCUGGGCUACUAUUUAAUAUAUUUGGCAACUUCCCAGCUCGGUAUUUGUGUAAUUUCCCGAUAUGGUCGAUAAUCGUCCAUUUAUGAGUGUUGCAAUUUGGCAUCGGGAUAUUUGUCAGAUAGCGUCUCUAUCUGAUUACAUCAUCCGAUCUCCCAGCCCUUUAAGGAACGAAUAAAGCAAUUGCGAGGGAACCCAGAAUAACUGCAAGGGAAUGCAAAACUUAUUGUGAGGGGAAAUAACUUCCAUUCUGUUCUCUUAGGGGGUUCAGUAGUUCACCUGCAUCAAAGAUCCCUAAAAGUAUUUUGAAACUAACACUUUUUUUUAAUUACUCUUAUGUUUUGAAGGUUAGAGUGCAGAUUCUAAGCUUUAAUGUAAGGGUAUUUUUGUUUGUAUCUGGUUAACCGGUAACUGGAUUAACAAAGGAUUUUGCCAAAUAUUUUGAAAUGGGCUUUAAAGCUUGUGACUGGAUGAAUGUUUGUAUUUACUACUUCUUGAAAAGCUUGUCCCAUAUAUUUUUGGUACCAUUCAUUGCUUGCCACAUGCGCAUUUUCCACAUGAUGUUAGUGUACAAUUUAAAGCUGGUGUGAAAUGUAGGCUAUCCUGCAAUCAGCAUCAAGAGUUUUCCAAAUGUGCAGAAUAAUUUAGAUUGAAAUCAAACAUGUUAACUUAUUGUGUUGAGGUCUGAGACCCAAGACUAGGAUACAAUUAAUUUGUCUGGUUUCAGCCUCUCAAAGUAUACUCUUGACUGCAAAGCCUAAAUGGACGUGUUUGACACAUGCUCCCUAACAACUGCAAUGGCGGGCCACACAAAGACCGGGACCGUCUGCUUUUUUAGAAAAUCUAGGCUGCAUGUGGAAAGUCCGUGCAUACCUUACUGAUGAUGCAAUUUGCAUAAUGCACACCGCGCGCAAGAUGUACUGGCACAUGGAAAACCAACGUAUACUUUAGACUAUACAUUAGAUUUAAGGCACAGUGAUAACGUAAAUGAUAUGUCCCUUAAUUUGUAAUUGGUCUAAAUUCAUCCUACUUUAACUUGUUCAGUCGAAAUAUUUGGUUGGUUGUGGAGGCAUUAAAGUUUGUGCAGAGGCGGAUUCUUAUGCCUGAUGACAAUUUUUACUGGGGUGUCAAUAUAUUUUAGGCGUAUUAAAGGGCUAUUUUUUUUUUUAAAGACUUUCAUAUUUAGAGCCUUUUUUGUGCUUUUUAAACACUGAAAAGUAUUUUACUACACAAAAGCCCAUGUACAGUUGUUUUUUAAACAGAUCUACUAAUAUAUUUAUUCAGUUAUGUACUUUACUCUGUGGUAGGUAGUCGUCAACAGAAUCCAUGUGAAUGUAUGAGCCUCAACAAUAUCUGGUCAUAACUUAAUUACAUGUGUCUGGAUCGUUGACUCUGUCAAUGGUAUGUAAUCCGAUUUAUUUUGAUUGCCUUUGCUUCAACUUCUGGUUACACCUGUUUUCACAAAUUGUCCCAUAACUCGCUCUACCACACUCGUCAAUGUCCAUGUCACUGUCAGACUUGAGUGUUAAAGAAACAUUGUAUUAUCACAUCACCAUGGAUUUUAUUUGUACAUGGAAGUUUUGUUUUAUAUUUUUGUCUAGAUUUAUUAGUUCAUUUGUUUUGGAUGUACAGGCAGUUCAUUUGAUGUACAAUAGUCAAUGUUUGUAAAAGAUGAUGAAAUGCAGCUAUUUUAUUUGUAUCUUUUACUCCCUUCUUGAUUUAUGGAAACAUAUCAUUUGUGAAAUUGUCACACCAAAAGAAAAAUAAAUUGGUGGGCAGUAUAUUUUCUUAACAAUUCUACUGUCUGUUAACAACGUGUUUUGUGUGAGGCUCUUCCAUGUGGAGUUAACUAAAGUAAGGCCAAAAAUGUAAAAAAGGAAAUGCUAAAAAGGAUUGAAUGAAAAGGUCUCUUAUGUAAUGUAUGUUUUAUGUCAUUUCAACAGCGAGAUUCCAUUCAUUUCCAAGAAGCACUAUUCUUGUGUAAACAAUUGUAAAGGUCAGUUGUGCAAAACCGGCACAAUAAAAAGUACACUACAGUGUUUUGAUGGAACAGAGCUUCAGAACACCAAGACAACAGUGUUUUGACAUUUGUUCUACAACUACAUUACAUGAGUUUCAACUGCAACCUGGACAAUUCAGUAAACCUAUUUGAAGAAAAGUCUAUGAUUAAAUUAACAAUUUUUAUGAGUCUUUUAAAAAAAUUAUGGCAUGAAGAAUGAGAGAAUUUUAAUUUUUGGGUGAACUAAUAGUUUUUGUCAAUCUAUCUACAUCCUCACCACUUCCACAUUCCUCUGGUGAUCUCUAAGGACCUUUUCUUCACUGUUUGGUCUUGGAAGCAUACAAUGAAUAAAACAGAAAAAAGACAAUCAGACGUGUUUCCCUAUUUAUCUCUUUAAACAUUAACAAUAUUUAUUUUGGUUACCACUUGAAAAGUUCGACACAUCCCUCAGUUUGUAAAGAUGAAUG